AUGGCUCUCUAUUUUGACCACCGAAUAGAAGCCCCGGACUCUGUCGGGUCUCCUUCGCACAUCCAUUGGCACCCUGUUCAUCCAUUCCUGGUGGUUGCCUCCGUCAGCACGACCUCAGGAGGCAGCGUGGAUAUAUAUCUGGAACAAGGUGAGCAUGUGCCCAAUACCCAUAUGGAGAGGUCGUUCCGGGUCACUUCCCUGUGCUGGCACCCGACGCGCCUGAUCCUGGCUAUUGGCUGGGAGACUGGAGAAGUGACAGUGUUUAAUAAGCAGGACAAGGAGCAGCAUUCGAUCCCCCCGACACACACCACCGACGUCACGGUCCUCAAGUGGAGCCCCAACGGGAACUGCCUCGUGUCAGGGGACAGGCUUGGUGUCCUGCUCUUGUGGAGGUUGGACCAAAGGGGUCGAGUACAAGGGACGCCCCUGCUGAAACACGAUCACGGAAAAACCCUAACUCACUGCAUCUUCCGGCUCCCCCCUCCUGGCGAGGACCUCGUUCAGUUGGCGAAGGCAGCUGUGAGCGGUGAUGAGAGAGCCCUGGACAUGUUUAACUGGAGGAAAAGUGGCUUUGGAAGUUUCCUGAAAAUGGGAUCUCAAGAGGGACUACCAUUCUUUGUCAGCUUGAUGGAUGGGACGGUGCACUACGUGGAUGAGAAAGGCAAGACCACGCGGGUGGCUUCCACAGACAGCUCCGUCCAAACACUCUUCUACAUCGAGGAAAGGGAGGCCCUGGUGGUGGUCACGCAGAACCUGCUGCUGUCUCUGUAUGUAGUGAGGCCUGAGGGCAAAGCCGCGGAAGUGAUGAAGGUCAAGUUGAGUGGGAAGACGGGUCAGCGGGCCGACAUUGCAUUGAUUGAAGGCAGUGUACUUGUGACCGCCAUAGGGGAACCCGUUCUCAGAUUUUGGGAUUUAGAAGGCGGAGAGAAUUACGUGCUGAGUCCAGAGGAGAAGUGUGGUUUCGAAAAAGCUGAGAAUAUAAACUGUGUUUCUUACUGUAAAGCCAAAGGUCUUUUGGCAGCGGGUACCGAUAAGGGGCGAGUAGCCAUGUGGAGAAAGCUGCCAGGCCCCCAGAGCAGCCGAGCGGCAGAGGGCAAGGACAGGUGGACCCUUCAGACCCCUACUGAGCUCGAAGGCAACAUCACACAGAUAAAGUGGGGUUCCCGGAAGAGCCUUCUGGCGGUGAACAACCUCACCUCCGUGGUGAUCCUCAGCGAGCAGGCCAUGUCCUCACACUUCCACCAGCAAGUGGCUGUGGUGCAGAUGUCCCCAAGCUCCCUCAGCGUGUCCUUCCUGUCCACGGGGGUGAUGCACAGCUUGCGCACAGACAUGCACGUCCGCGGGGUGUUCGCCACCAAGGAUGCCAUUGCUGUCUGGAAUGGAAAACAGGUGGUGGUCUUUGAGCCUUCUGGAACCACGUUACGGAAUGCAGGAACCUUCCUGUGUGAAUCUCCGGUGUUAGCCAUGCACGAGGAAAACGUGUACACUGUGGAGCCAAACCGAGUACAAGUUCGAACGUGGCAGGGGACCGUGAAACAGCUCUUACUGUUCUCUGAGGCAGAGGGGAGCCCAUGCUUCCUCGACGUCUGCGGAAAUUUCCUGGUUGUGGGGACAGACCUGGCUCAUUUCAAAAGCUUUGAUCUUUCCCGAAGAGAGGCGAAAGUGCACUGCAGCGACAAGAACCUGGCCUCGCUGAUCCCAGGCGCAGUGGGCAUGGCCUCCCUCAGGUGUAACGCCAGCGGCAGCAAGAUCAGCAUCCUCCUCAGCAAGGCGGACAACAGCCCUGAUUCCAAAAUCUGCUUCUACGAUGUGGAAAUGGACACGGUGACCAUCCUCGACUUCAAGACGGGGCAAAUUGAUCAGAGGGAGACAUUGCCCUUUAAUGGCCAAGAGACCAAGAAGAGCCACGCCUUUGUGGAUGAGAGACUGAUGGAUCUCAUUCCCGUGAACCAUUUCUGGGACCAGAGCGAGCCCAGGCUGUUCGUAUGCGAGGCCGUGCGGGAGGUGCCAGGAGCCCAGCUGCAGCCUGGGGACAAGAAGCCGCCCGCCGAGGACAGCCCAGGCCCCAUGACAGACGUGGUGAUUCUGUCCUUCUUCAUCACGGAGGAGCACGGCUUCUUGCUCCAGGACAGCUUCCCCCGGCCUCCCGCCUACCAGAAUCUUCUGGGGAUCGAAGUGCCUCAUUAUUACUUCACCAGAAAGCCAGGAGAAGCAGACGGAGAAGACCAGGUGGACUCAGGGUGCCCGUGCGUGGGCAGGAGACCCCUGCGAGACUUCGUCGGGCUGGAGGACUGCGAUAAGCCCACUCGGGAUGCCAUGCUUCGUUUCAGCUUCUUCGUUACCAUCGGAGACAUGGAUGAAGCUUUCAAAUCUAUUAAACUCAUCAAAAGUGAGGCAGUCUGGGAGAACAUGGCGCGCAUGUGCGUGAAGACCCAGCGGCUGGACGUCGCCAAGGUGUGCCUGGGAAACAUGGGCCAUGCGCGUGGAGCACGAGCCCUGCGGGAGGCUGAGCAGGAACCAGAGCUGGAGGCCAGGGUGGCCAUGCUGGCCAUACAGCUGGGCAUGCUGGAGGAUGCCGAGCAGCUGUACAGGAAGUGCGGGCGCUAUGACCUCCUGAACAAGCUGUACCAGGCCUCUGACCAGUGGCAGAAGGCCGUGGAGGUCGCGGAGCUCCACGACCGCAUCCACCUGCGUACCACCUACUACAACUAUGCCAGGCACCUUGAGGCCAGCGCUGACCGCGGCCUGGCCCUCAGCUACUAUGAAAAGUCAGACACCCACCGUUUCGAGGUGCCCAGGAUGCUGUCGGAGGACCUGCACUCCCUGGAGCUCUACAUCAAUAAGAUGAAGGACAAGACCCUGUGGAGGUGGUGGGCCCAGUACCUGGAGAGCCAGGCAGAGAUGGACGCGGCGCUGCGCUACUACGAGCUGGCACAGGACUAUUUCUCCCUGGUCCGCAUCUACUGCUUCCAGGGCAACAUUCAGAAGGCUGCUGAGAUAGCCAACGAGAGUGGAAACUGGGCGGCGUCCUAUCACCUGGCCCGCCAGUACGAGAACCAGGAGGAGGUGAGGCAGGCUGUGUACUUCUACUCGCGGGCUCAGGCCUUCAACAACGCCAUCCGCCUGUGCAAGGAGAAUGGCCUGGAUGACCAGCUCAUGAACCUGGCUCUGCUGAGCUCCCCCGAGGACAUGACUGAGGCGGCGCUCUACUACGAGGACAAGGGCGAGCACGUGGACAGGGCGGUCAUGCUGUACCACAAGGCCGGCCACUUCUCCAAGGCCCUGGAGCUGGCCUUCGCCACCCAGCAGUUCGUGGCCCUGCAGCUCAUAGCGGAGGACCUGGACGAGAGGUCGGACCCCGCCCUCCUGGCCCGCUGUUCAGACUUCUUCACUGAGCACAGCCAGUAUGAGAAGGCAGUGCAGCUGCUGCUGGCUGCAAAGAAGUACCACGAAGCCCUGCAGCUUUGCCUGGAGCAGAACAUGACCAUCACCGAGGAGAUGGCCGAGAAGAUGACCGUGUCCAAGGACUCCAAGGACCUGUCGGAAGAGUCUCGGCGCCAGCUGCUGGAGCAGAUCGCCAACUGCUGCAUGCGCCAGGGCAACUACCACCUGGCCACCAAGAAGUACACGCAGGCGGGGAACAAGCUGAAGGCCAUGAGAGCGCUGCUGAAGUCUGGGGACACGGAGAAAAUCGUGUUCUUUGCGGGCGUCUCGAGGCAAAAGGAAAUCUACAUCAUGGCUGCCAACUACCUGCAGUCCCUGGACUGGCGGAAGGAGCCAGAGAUCAUGAAGAACAUCAUCAGCUUCUACACCAAGGGGCGGGCCCUCGACCUGCUGGCCGGCUUUUAUGAUGCCUGUGCCCAGGUGGAGAUCGAUGAGUACCAGAACUACGACAAAGCCCACGGGGCACUGACAGAGGCCUACAAGUGCCUGUCCAAGGCUAAGGCCAAGAGCCCCCUGGAUCAGGAGACCAAGCUGGCUCAGCUGCAGAGCAAGAUGACACUGGUGAAGCGGUUCAUCCAGGCCCAAAGGACAUACACCGAGGACCCCAAGGAGGCGGUCAGGCAGUGCGGGCUGCUCCUGGAGGAGCCAGGGCUGGAGAGCACCAUCCGUGUCGGGGACGUCUGUGGCUUCCUGGUGCAGCACUACCUGCAGGCUGAGGACUUCCAGAUGGCCUACAAGUAUCUGGAGGAGAUGCGGAAGCGAGUGCCCUCUGCCAACAUGUCCUACUACGUGAACCAGCGGACCGUGGAUGCCGUCCACCAGGGCCUGGGCAUCCCUCUGGUGCGCACCGUGCCUGAGUGCGUCCGCCACAACAGCGUGGAGGACCACAAGGAAGUAGACGAGGAGGUGCUGGAGGAGGUGGAGAGCGACCCCUGAUAGCCGCUGCUGCGAGCUCCUCUGGAACUUUCUGGGGUUGGUAGCAAGAGCCUGACUUUCUUGUUGCAAUAUAAACUGGUAUUUGAUGCCCCAGAGCACUGGCUGUCCUGCUUAGAAGGGGCAAUCAUGUGUCCUUCCAGCAUUCCUGGCCCCUGCGGUCCCUUUACUAGGAAGGGAGUUGGCUCAUCUUUUCCAUGACAGUCUCCCAAGUAGAUUGUAAAACCUGAAACGCUAGAAC